AUGUUUCCUCAACUUCCCUCCGAUUGCCUUAACGAAAUUUUCGAAUAUCUUGAAAAAGACAAGGUUACAUUACAUUCAUGUUUAUUAGUUAAUCGCCUUUGGUGUGAAACUUCCGUCAAAAUCUUAUGGAGGAAUGUUUGGUUUGACUAUCACGUUUACGUAUUAUACCGAUUGAAAGCGUUAUCACAAAUUCUUGGAACAUUAGUUUCCUGCCUUCCUAUCGAAUCCAAAAGACUUUUACAUAAAAAUAAAAUCUUUAUUGAUACACCAACUUCAAAAUCACCAUUAUUUAAUUACGCUUCUUUUGUUAAGGUGCUCUCAAUUUAUGAAAUAGAUCAAAUCGUACAACAUGCUCUUGAAAGUCAACAAUUCAAUACUUUGAGGAGUUUGAAUUAUAAUAAAUUUUUGAUAACGCAGGAAAUAUUGAAGAUGUUCAUGUCACAGAUGUCUCCGUUAAAGGAACUAAUUUAUCAUUCCGAAUUUGAAGAGAUUCCAUGUGUACACUUUGCAUAUUUCCCUGGUGCGAUCAAUUGUUUAAAAUUCCUCCAAGUAUUCAUCUGUAGCUCCGAUUUGUACUCCGAGUUUUAUUACCAAUUAUCUCAAGUUUGUCAACAAAUACAAUCUCUUACUAUAAGAUUUAAGGCGAUCUUCUCAAACGGGCUAAAAGAUUUGAUCUAUUUACAAAAUAAUCUGGAGUUUCUAACCUUAACUCAUUCUGAUGGCUGGACGAACGCUACGGAUAUUUCACCCUUAUUUACAAAACAUUCCAACAAUUUAACCAAAUUAGAGAUACGCGGGGACUUUCCAUUAAUGUUUAUUUCUAUAUUUACAAAUUUACGAGAAUUAAUCUUAUCCCCUUUUGGUGAUCGUAAGGAUUUACAAUAUGUGAUCAUUCCACAAUUAAAGAACUUCAGAUUUUCGUAUGGAUUUCCGGAACCCGAAUACCUGUCAAAAUUCCUAGAAAAUAAUGGUGGCAAUUUAGAGGAACUUUAUCUUAAUGCCAGUGAGGAUUCAUUAAAUUCAACGAUUGCCAAAUUUUGCCCGAAACUCAAAUUACUAUUUACAAUAUUUAUGGAAGACGAAUUAGAAACGUUGAAAGGAAUUUUGAAUGGUUGUAAACUUUUAGAAAGUCUCAAGGUUUGGUGUGGCGAAAAGUAUUUAAAGGAAGAACAAUUGUUGGAGAUUGUUUCAAAGUAUUCACCAAAAAAUUUUUACGAGUUAAAAAUAUUUUAUAUAUGUAAUGUGGGGAAAGAAUUAUAUCCGAAGGAAUUAGAAUCUUUUUUUAUAAAUUGGAUGAAUCGUACACCACAACAAUUACUUUCUUUCGUUAUUAUCAAAGGAUAUAAUAGUUCAAAUAGUUUGGUGGAUAAUAGAGGAAAUUUGGAAGUCGUUGAAAAGUAUAGAUCGUUGGGUAUUUUUAGAAAAUUUAGAGCCGUAACGUUUGAAGAAGAUUAA